UCCGCAGGCCUGGAACUCCGCGCGGGUCGCCUGGAGACGACGCCUCCGCCAAGCCCUGCUCGAGGCCGCCCCCGCGCCCAGGCGCACUUGGCCGCCCGGUGCCCACGGCGCGCUGGGCCUCAGACCAUGCCGGUGUCUGACCAGGCGUUUGUCACGCUGGCUACCAAUGACGUCUACUGCCAGGGGGCCCUGGUGCUGGGGCAAUCAUUGCGGGACCACAGGGCCACCAGGAGGCUGGUGGUGCUGGUCACCCCUCAGGUGUCCAACCUGCUCAGGGUGGUCCUCUCGAGGGUGUUUGAUGAGGUCAUCGAGGUGAACCUGAUAGACAGUGUAGACUACAUCCACCUGGCCUUUCUGAAGAGACCUGAGCUUGGAGUCACCCUCACCAAGCUUCACUGUUGGACACUCACCCAUUAUAGCAAGUGCGUCUUCCUGGAUGCAGAUACCCUGGUGCUGUCCAAUAUCGAUGAGCUCUUCAAUAGGACAGAGUUUUCUGCGGCCCCGGAUCCCGGAUGGCCGGAUUGCUUCAAUAGCGGGGUAUUUGUCUUCCAACCUUCCCUGGAGACGCAUGGCCUCUUGCUGCAGCAUGCCACCGACCACGGCAGCUUUGACGGGGCAGACCAAGGCUUGUUGAACAGUUUCUUCAGUAGCUGGUCCACAGCAGACAUCCAGAAACACUUGCCGUUCAUUUAUAACUUGAGUAGCAACACGGCGUACACCUACAGCCCUGCUUUCAAACAAUUCGGCUCGAGUGCAAAGGUGGUCCACUUUUUGGGGUCCACGAAGCCUUGGAACUACAAGUACAGUCCCCAGACGGGCUCCGUUUUGGAGGAGGGCUCUGGGCCUGUCAACCAGCAUCAGACGUCCUUCCUGAACCUCUGGUGGGGGAUUUACCACCGCAGCAUUCUGCCUCUUUAUGAAAAUAUCCGGCACGAGGACGAACAGACAUCUCCAGGACACACAGCUCAGCUCGGGGGCGCUGGGGUGCCUUGUUCAAGUUCAGCGCCCACUGCUGAGGGGUCGUGUGCGAAUGGUGUGCUCCGCUCCGGGGAGCCCUGUACCAGUUGGGCGGAGGGGCCCCGCCAGCCUUGGCCUGAGAGGACCCUGGUGGUGGUGGAGGAGACCCCCGCUUCGCCUGACGCAUGCCCUGCGGAAGAUGGCCUCCUGAGUGUCUUCAGAGAAAAUGGCAACGUUGCACGUCACGGUAAAGCCAAUGACAGCCGCGUCCUAAUCCCUGGAACCUGGAAAUGCUGCCUCAUAUGGAAACGGGGUCUUUGCAGGCGGGAUUGAGUUAAGGACCUUGAUGUGGGGACGUGGUCCUGGAUUAUCCGGGGGGACACAGUGUCGUCACAAGGGUUCUCCUAAGAGGGAGGCGAAAGGCAGCUUGAUGAGAUGGGAUAGAAGCAGACGUGAGACGGGGAGCAAUGGGAAGAUGCUGAUCUGCUGGCUUUGAAGAUGUACAGGAGCCAAGCGACACAGGUGCCUCUAUGAGCUGGAAAAGGCCAAGAAAUGGGUCAUUGGCUAGAACCUCCAGAAGGAACUCAGCCUUGCCGAGGACACCUGCCCGGUGAGACCCAGCGUGGACUUCUGACCUCCAGAACUGUUAACAUCAUCAGUCUGCAUUGGUUUUUUUUGUUUUGGUUUUUACACUUCUUGAAGGUUGAUUCUUUGCCAGGUGCAGUCCUAAGCACUGCACAGUAUACUGUUCCUGUUAAAAAGCACAAGAGCACUAUUCUUGUGUCCAUUUUUUAAAACUAAAUUUUUUUAGAGUAUAGUUGCUUUACAAUGUUGUGUGAGUUUCUGCUGUACAGCUAAGUGAAUCAACUCUACGUAUACAUGUAUCCCCUCUUUUUGGGAUUUCCUUCCCAUUUAGGUCACCACAGAGCACUGAGUAGAGUUCCCUGUGUCCUACAGUAGGUUCUCAUUAGUUAUCUAUUUUAUACAUAGUAGUAUAUGUAUGUCAAUCCCAAUCUCCCAAUUUAUCCCACCCCGCCUUCCCUCCCCCCACCCCCGGUAACCAUAAGUUUGUUCUCUACAUCUGUGUCUCUGUUUCUGCUUUGCACAUAAGUUCAUCUGUAUCAUUUUUCUAGAUUCCACAUAGAAGCGAUAUUAUACGAUAUUUGAUUUUCUUUUUCUGACUUCCUUCACUUAUUAUGAUCAUCUCUAGGUCCAUCCAUGUAGCUGCAAAUGGCAUUUCAUUCUUUUUUAUGGCUGAGUAAUAUUCCAUUGUGUAUAUGUACCACAUCUUCUUUAUCCAUUCCUCUGUUGAUGGAUAUUUUAGGCUGCUUCCACGUCCUGGCUACUGUAAACAGUGCUGCAGUGAACAUAGGGGUGCAUGCGUCUUUUCUAAUUAUGGUCCUCUCCAGGUUUAUGCCCAGGAGUGGGCUUGCUGGGUCAUACGGUAGCUCUACUGUUAGUUUUUUGAGGAACCUCCAGACUGUUCUCCACAGUGGCUGCACCAGUUGACGUUCCCACCAACAGUGCAGGAGGGCUCCCUUUUCUCCACAUGCUCGCCAGCAUUUAUUGUUUGCACAUUUUUUGAUGAUGGCGUUGUUUUAAGUCACCUAGUUUGUGGUCCUCUGUCACGGCAACCACAGAAAACUAAUAACGUGAAGAACAGAUGUUCAGUCUCCUCCAGACACGAGUGGCGUCCCCAGAUUUUCAGGUUCAAAGGGCAGUGCUUUCAUCCUCCUCCCGGCCACCUGCCAGCAAUGCACCUUUGCGUCCUGAGAGGUUGCAGUUAAACCCCCAGCUUGAAGAGGACGUGGGUAGAGUCAUGUGGACCCAUUUGGUCAUUUCUAGUGAGGCUGGAUCCGCAGAAAUUCUACCCACAGAGACAAAAAAUAAAAGCGCACUUUGUUUGCAAAACAAUAAGGCUAAAUCAGGCUGCUGUUUAUCCAUCCCCGAUUUCUGGGAAAUAGGUGGGAUGAGUGUCUGGCGAUUAAAAAGUUCCCGUUUUAAAUCAUCACAUUCAAAGCCAUUUUAAGUCCCUUCGUUGCUCACAAUUAACAUGAGUUCAUUGCUGGGGAUGGGUUUGGGGCCUGGAUGGAAGGGAAGUUGUCCUUUUAUGGGUAUUUCGAAUAGCUUUGGGAGAGCUGUUUCUUGAUGAUUAUAAACAGUUGAUGGAUACAUUUUAGCAAACGUUUCUGUGGAAGGCACCCUGCACUUUACUAUAAUGUGGAAUCAAUUAUGUCCAGGCAACUUCCAUGCAUUAAUAAUUUUUGAGGGCUUCCCUGGUGGCGCAGUGGUUGAGAAUCUGCCUGCCAAUGCAGGGGACACGGGUUCGAGCCCUGGUCUGGGAAGAUC